UGCCAUGACAGUCGCCGUCGGUGCGCAGGCAGCGGUGUCGUGUCGCUGAACCGAAAGCACAGCGCGAGUCUGUGCCGCGGGCGUGUAUACACAUUAUAUAUACACACACACAGUCUACCGAGAGUGUGAUAUGCUUAUAUACUCGAGUAUAUACUUAAAAUAUCCAUCUAAGACUGUGCAGCCGACGGGCUCGGCCGCCUUUUAUCGUUCGGACCAGUGUUAGUGUCUCUGUGCUUCGCGACGUGCCUAUAAUAAAUACAUGUUCUUGUCACCUUUUGGCCGUACACUUCGCAGUAGUGCAUACAUGUAGUGCGCGAGUGCUGUGUAUAUAUCGUGCCGUACUUCCAGUCUGUCAUAUACGGGCUGCUGUUGCUGCACUUCGCUGCAGUCUAUGAUAAUAAUGUAAAUGAGAGUUUCUACAUCUAUACCGCCGUUACUUGCUCGCUAGAUUUCGGGGGGCUGGGCGAGACACGGAGAGAUUUGCGCGCGCGCGUCCAGGAACUCGCGCAGCCGACCGCCCGAACGAACGACGAACGGUGCAUUGUUAGGAAUGUGUACAGUCCCGGGGUUAGGUUAGGUCGCGGAUGAGGCUGCGGCUCUCUCGAUACGGAAAUCAUCGCGGACGUGCUGCAGCUUUACGAGCUACUGCUGCUGUUGCUUCUACACAACACACACAUCCAGCCGUCCACAGCUGUCAGCUAACUCUCACAUCGAAAGAACCGUCUGGCUCAUCUGUGGAGCCGCGCCGACGAAUGUCAACAGUAGACGACGAGUCUCCCGCGCGAGUGACGAGGAAGAUGAAGCUCCGAGUGCUGCAGUCGCAUCUGUGCUGAGUUUGUGUUAACAAGUGUGAGAGAAAGAGCGGAAUAUAGUGCGAAUAUUGUAUAGUAGUAGAGCGAGAGGGUCGUCGUCGUCGUCGUCGUUCUUUUUUGUGGCUAUAAAGUGAGUCUGCGAAUUGGCCGCGGAGUUGGCGCUACCGGGGGCAAACAUGUUCAACUUCAUGAAGAAGGCGACGGAGAAGGAGGAGAAGGACAAGCGCAAACGGGACAAGCGCGAGAAGAAGGAUGUUAAAAAACGCGACCGGGGAAGCAUGUCCGCCGAGGAGCUGCUCAGGCUCGAUGAGAUGCGAAGGUCACUGAAGAUCCGUGGCCGGCGCAAGGAAAAGGAGAAACUGCCGAGUGGCAUAACGGCCGACUACAGCGCCUCGUUUUUCGCCCAGCUGGACCGCGACGUCCUGGACGACGCGCAUAACAGUGUCAACUCGAGCAGCACCGUCGUCGGCCUCACCCAAAGCGACUCGUCCGAGGCCUCGCUCAACUCUCUCAGCAACUCCAAGAACUUACCUCCACUGCCACCAAAGCCGCCCAAACGAGGUAUCCUGAAGGGUCCAAGGCUCAGCACUGGUCCUAUUGCCAGUGGCGUCAACGAGCCAACGUCGCCCACGUCCGCGGUGGCGAUGUUUCAGAACGGUCAGGACGGACACGUGGACUCGAACAACGUUCUCGUAAGGAACACUUUGCAGAACGAGCUGAUCGCAUAUCAGAACCUACCGCUGCAACAGCAGCAGAGGCUUAAUGCCAGGGACGAGAUGCAGAUGGUGUUUAGCGAGGAGGAGACGACGACCUAUCAGAUGAGACGCAGUCCCCAACAGAUGCAUCAGUUUGGACACGGCCAGCAGGAUUCUAAGCUUUUGCAUGUAAUGACGAGCGCCAGUCCAUCAGCAGACUCGUUGACGGACACGACGAACUCGAGCUUCGCCACGCCGCCGUUCAGCUUAUCUCCAGUCGGCGAGUCGCAGGGCUUCACUCGCUGGCGUUCCUCUGGCUCGUUCGAGGAACAGGGCGUCGUCGAGCUCGCACUGCCGGAGAUCGUGCCGCUCGAGCUGCCGGAGCCACGCGAGCUGGUGAUCCAGCGACAGCCACCGCCCCGCUCGGACUUUGGCUUCUCCCUGAGGCGAGCUGUGGUGGUCGAGCGCUCGGCCAACGGUGGCACCCUAAUGCGCUCGGUCAUCUUCGCCGAGCCCGGUGCUCUCGUCCAGAACGUCAACGACACUGGUCUGCUGCCUGGCGAUAGACUCAUCGAGGUCAAUGGGAUCAACGUAGACGAUAAGAGCCGCGAGGAGAUCAUCGACCUCAUCAAGGGAUCCGCCGGUAGCGUCGUCGUCAAGGUUCAACCGGUGGCGGAGUUGUCGGAGCUGUCGCGACGGAGCGGCACCGACGGCCAGAAGGUCGAGCUCGCACCGGCCAACAUCCGAGGUGGGACGCUCCGAAGAUCGGGCAGCCUUCGCUUCCAUCAGAACAGGGCGAAGUCAGAGGAGCAUCUCGCGCAGGAACAAGCCUGGCUAGCAUCGGAGCGCGUCUGGUUGCUGCAUCGCGGGGGUUUCACACCAGCCUCGAGAUGUGGUCCCGCCGACCCCGACACCGGCAAACUGCGCAUCCGACUCACCAACUCCGGCGAGGAACUGCUCGUCGACGAGGAGGAUGUCGAGAAGGCAAAUCCACCGCAGUUCGACAGAGCGGAGGACCUGUCCCAGCUGCGUUUCCUGAACGAGUCGUCUGUGCUGCACACGUUGCGCCAGCGCUACGCCAGCAAUCUCAUUCACACUUACGCGGGCGAGAGCAUGAUCGUCAUCAAUCCCAUUGCGCCUCUGGCUAUCUACUCGGAGAAGGUGGUGCAGAUGUUCAAAGGCUGCAAGAGCGAAGACAUGCCGCCGCACGUCUACGCGAUGGCUCAGUCGGCGUAUCGGGGCAUGUUGGCGACUCGGCGGGAUCACUCCUUGGUUUUCCUCGGACGGAGCGGUGGAGGAAAGACGACCAACUUCAAGCAUGCUCUGCACUAUCUGGUCCUCGCGGCAGGUGCCGUCAACAAGAUUCUCACGAUCGAGAAGCUCAAUGCGGUGUUCACGUUGCUUGAGGCCUUCGGCAACAGUCGUACGCAUAUCAACACCAACGCCACGAGAUUCACGCAGCUCUUUAGUCUCGACUUCGACCAGUCCGGACAGAUCGCCUCAGCCAGUCUUCAGGUGCUGCUGCUGGAGAAGUCCCGAAUCGGCCGCCGCGUGAACGGCGACCCGAGCUUCCACGCGCUUUACCGUCUGCUGGCCGGAGCCGAAGGUACGCUGCGCAAGGAGCUUCAUCUGACGAACCUCGUGGCCGAGAAUAAUCCGUUCAUCACGCCACUGCAAAAGCACGAGGACAAGCAGCGCGCCCAGGUCGAGUUUAACCGCAUCGUCGCGGCUUUCCGCGCCCUCGGCGUCACCGAGGCCGAGGAGCGAGCCAUCUGGUUCGUAGUAGCCGGUAUCUACCACCUGAGCUGCGCAGGCGCCGUCAAGGCUGGCACGAGUUCACAGGGCCGCUGGCAGUUUGCCCGGGUCGAGUGUGCCGAAAAGGCCGCCACUCUGUUCGGUACCAGCGUCGAGGAGCUGAGCAGGCUCGUCUUCUCGGCGAACAAUUCCGGCGUCGGUACUCCGAGUACACCCCGGCCAGGUGCCCUCAGAACGCCCAGUCCGACCGACCAAAGCAAAGACGUAUCCGGUCUCGACGCGCUUGAAAGUCUCCUUGUCGGAUUGUACUCCGAGGUGUUCCACUGUGUGGCUGCUCUAGUCAACAAAUCUAUAAGCUCACCAGUUCAUACCGUGUCGUCGCUGCUGCUCUGCGAUGCUCCCGGCUUCCAGAAUCCCGCGACCUGCGGCCGCCAGACGGGCGCGAGCUUCGAAGACCUCUGUCACAAUUACUUGCAAGAACGUCUACAGCUUUUGUUUCAUCAUACUUCUCUAGUUGCACCCAAAGAUAGAUAUGUACAGGAAGGAAUCGAUAUAGAUCACGAGGAUGAACUUGAAGAGGGACUUGGUUCUCCUCAGGGUUUGGUCUCCUUGCUGGAUCGUGGAAAUUCGCAGAGUGCCACAAUGUUACGGACAAGCCAAAGCGACCUCAGCAGCAGCAGACAAAUUGAAAGGAAGGGGCUUUUGUGGCUUCUGGACGAAGAAACCGUAUGUCCUGGUGGUAGCGAUGAAAGUUUCUUGGAUCGACUGUUCUCGCAUUAUGGCGACAGAGAUCACCAGAUGCUACUCAGAAAAGCUCCUGGAAACAAUCAAUUCGUAUUGCAGCACUUGCAAGGAACAAAUCCUGUUUUAUACACAGCGACGGGCUGGAUAAAAGCAACUCGUGAAAAUCCUCUGGCAAAAAGUGCAAUUACCAUUCUCCAAGAAAGUAAUAGGGACGAAGUUAGUAGACUUUUCGUGUGUGCCCGCGGUGCAGGUGUAUCUGGAACUCUAAGUGGUUCGAUGCAUGGCUUGGAGGGUUCGCAAUCAUUGAGAAGAGCUUCUAGUAUCAGAAGAACGUUUACUGCCGUCAAGCGGAAAAAUGUCUGCCUGCAAGUAAAAUUCACUGUCGACGGUCUUAUUGAGACUCUAAGAAGAACACGAGUGAAGUUCAUUCAUUGCUUUUUACCACAACACAAUGCUGGCUGCACAGAAAACAAGAGUCUUCUGUCCGUUAAGCCAAGUCAAAGCGAGGAUAACCUUAUUAAUAUUCCGUUACUACGAUCACAGGUGAGAGGCAGUCAAAUUUUGGAAGCAGUGCGGCUUCACAAAGUCGGUUUUCCAAAGUACAUGCCUCUUGGUGAAUUCAGACGACGAUUCGCGUUACUUUCUAAUGACACGGCAACACGUCCAGGAAGUCCGGUGGCAGAUGAAAGACGUGCUGUUGAGGAUAUGCUUCUCUCUGUCGAUGUCGAUCCGGCUUCUUACCGCGUUGGACAAAGUCAGCAGAUAUUUUUCCGUGCGGGUGCACUCGAGCGGCUCGAGUCCCAAAGAGACGAGAAGCUCACGGGCCACAUUAUUCUGCUGCAGGCGAGAUGCAGGGGUUACCUAGCCCGGCGGAAACUCAACACGCUCAAGCUUCAAGACCUGGCGGUGAGGUGCAUCCAGAGGAACGUGAGGAAGCUGAUGUCGGUGCGAGAGUGGCCCUGGUGGCGGCUCUACGUGAAAGUGGCGCCACUGCUGAACGUCCACCGGACCGAGGACCAGCUCAAGGCGAGAACGGAGGAGCUGGAGGUGCUGCGAGCGAAAGUCGACCGGCUCGAGCAGGAGCGCAACCACCUGAAGCACGACAACGACAGGCUCGAGGCCAAGCUGAGCGAGAUGACAGCAGACUUCGCGGAGGAGCACUCGACGUCUACUCUCGCAGCCGAGCGCAUCGAUGCCGAGCAGUCGGAGCGUCUUCGUCUUGAGCGCGAGCUCCAGGAUGUCAGCGAAACCAACAAGAGCCUCCAACAGCAAGCCGAGCGUCUCGAGAUGGAGCUCCUCUACGCGCGAGCUGCCGAUUUAAAUGGACUAGCUUCCGAUGCCGAGGACGCCGAAGCAGACGGUGGUGUUUACAAACAGAGGUACCAGCACGCGAUGCGCGAGCUCGACUUUACCAAGCGCAAGAUGGCACAGCAGCACGAGGACGACCUCGAGCAACUCGUUGGGCUUAAGAAGCAGCUCGAGAAGAAGUUGGCGGACGCCUACGAGGAAGUGGAAGAACAGCGCCAGGUCGUCGGCCAAUGGAAGCGUCGUGUGCAGAAGCUCAACGGGGAGAUGCAUGAUUUGCGGCUGCUCCUGGAGGAACAGACCGCGAGGAACAAUCUACUCGAGAAGAAACAGCGCAAGUUUGACUCGGAAACGCAAAACCUAAUGGACGACCUACGACAGGAGAAGGCUCAGCGCGAGCGACUCGCCCGAGAGAAGGAGAUCGCUAUCGCCGAGAAGUUUACGAUCGAACAGAACUUGAGCGAUGCGAGACUGGAAAUCGAGCUGAAGGAAGAGCGCUUGCAUACGCUUUCGCAGGAGUUGGAGGAGCUGACGUUCGGCGGAAAAACCGAGGAGGAAGUCGCUCAGCUAAAGAAAGCUAAGCACGAACUCGAGAAGAAACUAAAGGACCAGGAGGAAGAGCUCGAUGACUUGGCCGGUCAGGUGCAGCUGCUCGAGCAGGCGAAGCUCAGGCUCGAAAUGAGCAUCGAGCAGCAGCGCAAAGAGAUGCGCAAAGAGAUGCAGCAGCGUGACGAGGAGCUCGAGGACGUACGCGGUAGCGCCAUGAAGAAGGUCAAAGCGCUCGAAGCACAGCUCGAAAACGAGCACGAGGAGCGCACGAUUGUGCUGAGAGAGAAACAUGAGCUCGAACGCAGACUCGUCGCUCUCGAGGACCAGGACAGGACCGAACGCGCUGCCGAGGCUGAGACCACGCAAAGAUUGAAGCGAGAUUUGAAGCGAACCAGAGCACUGCUGAGGGACGCGCAGACAAUGCUCGAGCGAUCUAAGGGUGAUUCUACCGGAAAGACCGCUCUACGUCAUCUGAAGAACCAAUUAGAGGACGCGGAGUGCGCGCGUGCCGUUGCCGUCAAGGCUAAGCAGGCCCUUGAGCAGGACCUCAGCGAGACUCAAGCGGCUCUCGAAGAGGCCUCGCGACAACGCUCCGAGGCUGAGGACCGCGCCAAUGCCGCAAACCGCGAACGCGCUGAACUACUGUCGCAGCUUGAGGAGAACGAGGAAGAGCUGGCUGAGGUGCUGAAGAAAUACCGCGCCGCAGUGCAGCAAGUAUCCGCUGAACAGGCACAAUUGCAGGAAGCGCAGGUGCAGAUUGCGGCCUUGGAGGCCGAGAAAUCUUCAUUGAAAGAUCAACUUUCGGAGUUAAGUCAGAGACUCGAAUCGGUCGAACAACUCGGCGACCCAACAGCUAAUAGUCUUGCAACGAGGCGUCUCGAGUUCCGCACCAAAGAGCUUGAGAGCAAACUCGAGCUGGAACAAACUACAAGGGCACGAUUGGAGACACAAAUAGCUCGAUUAAAGGAGAACGUCGAGAAAUUGCAGUCGGAAACUGCUCUUCUACGCACGAAGGAACAGAGCGCCCAGGAUGCGGCGCGUCGACUCCAACGGUCGUUGCGCGAGGCCCGAGAAGAAGCUGCCACGGCUUCAGCGCGAGAGCAGGAGGCGACGCGGGCUCGUCGAGACCUCGAAAAAGCACUGGAGGCUGCCGAGGCCGAGACCAAGGUCGUCAAGGAUGAUCUGAGACUCGCUCUUCAGAGGAUCGAGGAUUUACAGAGCGCAAUACAGGGAGAGCUCGACCUGGACUGUAGCGAGGAGGCCACCAGUGACAACAGCGAUAGCGACUGAUCCAUGCCAAUAACGGACUUUGAGUCCGAGGAUGAAAACGUCGGAGAGUAGCGGCCGAAGCGAAGAAAUUUCUGGGAGUACCGAAAAGAAUAGCAAACUCCAAGGGAUCGACUGAUAAUCAAAGCUUUUCGCGCGCUUACAAGCGCGGAGUUGCAACGUUCAAAAACAACUUAGCCUUAAUUUUUAAUAUCUCAUGCAGGAGCGCAUACACUUCUUAAUGAAUAAUAAUCAAUGAGGGAGUCUGCUCGAUAUUUAACGCAUUAUCGUAGCAACUCGUUCGUUAAAUAUUAGCAUUUCUAUCGAAGCCAUGAAAAGCCUAUAACGGAGAGGAGGUGAAUUUUGUACUGUCGAUAAAAUGAAGACCAACAAUUUUACGAUUUGGUGCUAGCGCUUACAAGGUGGAAUUUGUCGUCGUCAAAAGUCGAACCACCAAAGUCUUCCAAAUAAAGGAAUAUUUGAUUACGAGCGCAUAGGUGCAAUCAGGUCCUAACUCCGUUGUGCUAAGGCAAUAAUACACUUUAACACUUUUAAGGAGACAAAGAAUACAAAUUAUUAAAACCAUACAUUUAAACUGUAAACACUUUCUUUAAACUCCUUUUGUUUUAUUCAAACACUCGAAUUACAAUAACUUUGUUAAACGUUUUCCUCAUUUUGUAAGCUUUAUGAAAACAAUAUCAUCUGUAAUUUGUAAGGUGCAAGAGUUCUUUUUUUAAUUUUCGAAAGCUCUGUUCUGUGUCGCCUUAUUAUGCGAAAGAGUAAUGGAACAGAAAAAAAUGAAGCAAUCGAGUGGCGAUUAAAACGAAUUAAAAAUGCGGUUUAUAAUAAAUACUACGCUUUUUUGUCAAAAUGAAAUUACGUUUAUUACACGUGCACGCGAUGUAAUGGUGUUAUGCCUGUCAAUCGGGAUCGUUUUAGAUAUACGUGUUUAUUUUAUGUAUAAAGGAAUUAUAAAGACUAUAUGUUAGUUGUUCAAUCGUCUUAUAAGGAAACCUAUGUAACUUAUUGCUUUGUAAAAUGCAGAACUAUUUAAUUAAAUUGA